UCCAAUGUUGCUGUCUCUCGUGGAUCUGACGACGGGAGCCGAGAAAGGAGAGACUGUAUCUGAGACAGACUGGUCCAGAAAGAGAGCAUACUAGGAUGGGAUGCUGCUGACCGCCCAAGCAAGAAUUGCAAUCUCCUCUUCCUAAGAGCUUCUACUCAAACCACUCCUAGACCACGACUACCUCAUGGAAAGAGGAUCUUUUUAGGAUCUUGUUGUCAGCUGCCCAACACUUUUGCAAAGCCCAAACGAGACUUUUACCAACAAUCUGAACAAGAUAACAUUUCACUUUUGCCUCCUUUUCAUCUUCCUGGUUGUGCUCUUAGCUUUUUAUCCCUGAGUAUUGCAAGCCACAUUUAUUGCUAUUAUUUUUUGUGUACACUUUUCAAAAUGAUUGACUUAAGUUUCCUUACGGAGGAGGAACAAGAGGCCAUUAUGAAGGUUCUGCAGCGGGAUGCUGCCCUGAAGAAGGCUGAAGAGGAGAGAGUCAGACAUUUGCCUGAAAAAAUUAAGGAUGACCAGCAGCUGAAGAAUAUGAGUGGCCAAUGGUUUUAUGAAGCCAAGGCAAAAAGGCACAGAGACAAAAUCCAUGGUGCAGAUAUUAUCCGAGCAUCUAUGAGGAAGAAGAGGCUCCAAGUGGCAGCUGAGCAGAGUAAAGACAGAGCAAUUGGGGCAAAGGAAAGCUGGGUGAAUAAUGUCAACAAAGAUGCUUUCCUUUCCUCAGAGGUGGCUGGUGUUGUAGAAGAGCCAAAAGAAGACACAGCACCAGCAAGCCCAAGUUCCCGUGUAAUGAGUCCAGCCUCCACUGCCAUUGAUGUAUACCAGGAAAACACAAGGGAAUCCACCAUUUCUCCAGCCAAGCAAAGGAAGAAUCCAUUUAAUAACUCUAAGUUGCCAGAAGAUCACUUAUCUCAACAAACCAAAAAUGAGCAGUCAAAAAAUGGAAGAGCUGGUUUAUUUCAGAUUUCAAAAGAGGGUGAAUUGUUUGAGUCAAAAGAAAAGCCAUUUACUCAAGAUAUUUCAAGCCAAAUGUUAGAGAAGCCAAAGCAUCCCAUGCCAGAAGGGCCUGUGAGUGGGCCUCAAGGCAAAGCUCCAAUCCCUAAAGCCAGAAAAUUGAUCUACAAAUCCAAUGGUUCUAAGCAAGAUGAUAACCAGCCUUUUCCUAGACAAAGGACAGACUCCUUGAAUGCCAAAGCAGUUCCAAGAGGGAUUCUCAAACGCAAUUCUAGCUCCAGCAGUACAGACUCAGAAACUCUUCGCCUAAAUCACACCUUUGAACCUCGAACCAAAAUUGUGUCACCUGGCCUAACCAUCCAUGAGAGAAUUUCUGAGAAGGACCUGUCUUUAGAAGAUGAUUCGUCCUCAUGCUCACUGGAGCCAUUAAAGCAUGUGAGAUUCUCUGCAGUAAAGGAUGAACUUCCCCAGAGUUCUGGACUCAUUCAUGGCAGGGAAGUGGGAGAAUUUAGUGUUUUAGAAUCUGACAAGUUGAAGAAUGGAACAGGAGAGAUAGAGGACACAUAUGGAUUUCUGGAGGACCUGAAGUCCUCUCACAGAAAGCUUUUACCUUUUCAUGAGUCAAGAUCAAGUCCAAGUGUGACAAAAAAUGAAACACAACCACCAGUGCUGCCUUCUGGUUCUAGUCCAAAUAAUGGAUUGCACUCUUACUCAGAAGUUCUGACUCCAAAAGCACAAUCCAUUGAGGAGUCACCCACUAGCAGUGAACACCAAGAAUUAACAAGGCUUGAAUCAAAAUUCUCCAAAAGCCCUGCUGAUGAACUGUCUCAUUGUGUUAAGCCUGAGCCAUCUCAGGUAUUGGAUCACAGUUCUAGAGACCAUCAGCAAGGUAAGCUCCCUCUUCUUGAGGCUAAGACAUCCUUAUGCUCUGGUUCACAAGUCAGUGAGAUAAGGAAGACAACUGAUGAUUCCAUAUCUAAAGUCCUAGACUGGUUUAACCGAAGUUCUCAUUCAGAUGACAGUAACUCAUCCCUCCAACAUUCCCAAGGAAGAGAGACCAAAGAAAAAGCAGACUCACCAUUGAAGGAUAUUGCUGCCUUGGAGAUGGAAAAUGUCAGUCUAAAAGAAAAUGACUCAAAGUCCCUAUCACCUACCAAAGUUACAUUGAAGCCUGUGAAACCUGACUUAACAUUUCAAGGAGAGGGAGAUAUGCUGUUUUCUGAAAACUGUAAAGAUAACAACAUGAAUAACAAAUCUGAAUGUAUGAAUUUAUCCCAACAAGGUACCUCAGGGAAAGAUCUGAGUAUACCAUUUGAAAGCUAUCAAACUUCAAGUCAAGGAAGUAAAACUAUGGACAUUAGCCAAAAUUCAAUAAGCACUGGAAAAGGAAAUGGGUCACCUGCUGCACCCAGUAAUUACUCCUGCAGCAUUCUCCAAGGAUCUGACUCUCAAGUGCAAGCUCUGUGCAACUCUAAGAAUAUUGGCAGCUUGGGCAAAGGAGAACCCAAACUUCCUGUCCAAGAAAAAAAUAGAGAAAACACCGAAGUGAAUCUUCACUCAUGGACAUCUGCCCACAAACCAAAUUUGAAGGACGAUGUGGAAGCAGAGAUAAAGAACAAAAAAGGAAAUAGUUCCAUCCUUCAGACUUCCUUAGAGACAGAGAAUAGGCAUAUGUCUCCUGGGGCUGCCCAUGGGGGAUCUCCUUGGCAAGAUGUUAGGGAGGUUCCCAAGAAGCAAACACAAAGAGAGAAAUAUGUAAGAGUGAGUGAAAGAAUAUCUUUUUGGGAAAGAGAGAAAGCUGGGGCUAACUUAACUCAUAAAGAGUCCAUACCUUCAAGUGGCCAGAAACAGCCUUGUGCUGAAACAUACCAACCUUUGAAGUCACAGGGCAUGGCGACAGAUAUGAAUGAAUAUUGUCAAGUCACUGCCAAGCGAGUGGUGCUUGAUGACGAUGACCAAGUACCCCAUAUCUCCACUGUUUGUUCCUCAAAUCAACUUGAAGAGCCCAGGCCCCAAAUACCAGAUCCAUCCAAAGACUCUCCUUCAGCUGGCCUGUCAGAAAAAUUGUCUGUGUUUCAGAAGAAAUCUGUAAAACAAUUGCCAGUUGAAGACAGUUGGUGCUCUGCAGGAGAUAGGACUUUACCAGCACUGCCCAGUACCUCAAAUACUGAGAGGGAAAGACAGACUCCUUUGGAGAAAAAUAGACUUCCAAUUGGUGAAUCAAACGCCAACUUUAAAGUGAUGUCCCUAAAGGAAAGAACAGCUGAAUCCAAUACUGAGCAAGUCCAUCAUCACUCACAGUUUGACAAUCUGAGAAAGUUUUGGGACUUAGGAGCAAACAGUAAGGAUAAUUUUGAGAACACUACAAAUCUCACAAAACCUACCCUUUUGGAUGACCAGAAACACAAAGAAUUCAAUGAUACUAAAUCAUCAGGAAAAAAUGUUCAUGAAGUAGAAGCACUUUUAAACCAUAAAAACCUUAUGGCAAGACAGGAAAUGAAGAAAUUAAACUCAAAGUGCACGCUCCAGGUGCUACCAGAUGAAACCACACUUCGGCUGAAACCAGUAGGAAUGUCCACUCAUCAGUUGGCAGGAAAUGAGCCAUCCAAGGAAAAUGUGGAAAAAAAUUCAGAAUGGUUGCUCACUCCAGUGAUCAAGAAGGAAACAGAUUACUCGACUCAAGAGAUUGAAGAAUCCAUAGUGAAAAUGGGAAUUUUGUCUAUUGAUGACAAAGUCACUUUUAAUGACAGUUUAGCUUCAUUGCCUCCAAUUCAACCUUUCGAUGGACAAGUUCAUGGAAAAUAUGAACUCAAGCCAGGUAUUUCUGAAACUAGGACGUGGUCUCAAAAGGCACAUUAUUCUCUUAUUGAGGAAGACCCCAAAGGGCCUAGGGAGAUCACCGCUAAAGAGCUCAUUGAAGAGCGUGUAGACAAAACAGUAGCCCCUCCAAAGUUCAAACAGGACAUUUUGGCUGCUUGUCUAGACAAACUUCUGAAAGAAGCAACUGGAGCUUCAUACUCUACCCUGCAAAGCACAUUGGAACCUAUUACCACUAGAACCAACUCUCAGCCUGAAGAAGGCAGAUUUUGUGAAGAGGGAACAAAACAAGAUCCCAAUGGUUCAGCCUAUCUGAGAGAGGUAAUAGCUCCUUUUCCAGAAGAGGAUGCCACUUUGGGAGAUGUAGCCUUCACCCAGAAGGCUGAUAGUGGUGAGUGUGAGCUCCACAGGGAAGGCUUGCUUCAGAUGGCUGAAAAAGGGCCCCCUUUGCUGGAGCAGGCCUCCCCUCCUUGCAGAAAGCAUGAUUUUGAGGAUGAGACCCACUCGCCAAAAGAUGUGUCUUUUACUUGGGAUGCUCAUCUGGCUCCCCAGGAUAGGGCAUUGCCCUCCCAAAGGGAAAUUUCAGAGACCAUAGAGAAAGUCAUUCUUCCAUCCACACCUGUGAUGGCUGAUGUAAACACUACAUUACAGAGGCUAUUAAAAGAGGCUGGCCUGAGUUAUCCACCUGGAAAUGAAGCAGUUCCUGGAGGCGUGAAGGCAGAGCUUCCUGAAGGAAACUCUGUAGCAGGUAGUUUCCCAAGUCCUCUGGGAGUGGCCCCACCAAAGGUUACAGUGGACAGAGUUGUUCGUAAUUCCUCCCAAAUAGUUCCUGAUAAAGCUUGUGAAUACAGAUCUUAUUUAGCUACCCAAAUAUCUCCAUCAGAACAGCUCGUUUGCUCAUCUGUUUCCACUGUGGCUCAGAAUAACAUAGAACUACCUCAGGAAGUGGCAGAAAUGGUGAGGCAAACAAUUAUUGAACCUAGAUCAGAAUGCUGCCUUGAAUUCAGCAGUGGCUUAGAAAAACUCCUGAGGGAAACACUAGAAACCUCCCCAUCAACACAUGGAAAGGAUCCAGAGAUGCUUUCUUCAUCAGAGAUAAAAGGUAGUGCUGACAGGCACAUUGCUCCUGAAAUCCAUCCUGAGGAAGUGCAAGAAACAGUAGAAAAGAUCGAGGCUCCCACAAUCACUGAGAGUGCUUUUGAUAUUGGGCUUGAGAAAUUACUUAAAGAAGUAUCUGAAGCUCCUCUUUAUUCGCUCGAGCUGUCGGUGGAGGAAGAGGCUCCUGAGAAGGGGCCCUCACAGUCAGAGCCGUCCAGAGUCUUGGGGACAAUGCCCCAUGUUUACUGCCCAGCCUCAGGAGCCUCUAAAAUGAAGGGCAAAAUGAAUGAUCUGGAAUCCCAAGUCAAAGAGUGUGAUAAACUUGUCGGGGGAGUUGAAGCUGUGGCUGAUUUACUGGUAGAUCAUUGCGGUUCUGCAAGUGAUAUAGAGACCCCUGGAACCUCACAACUUGAGGACUAUGAAAUUGGGGCCACUAAAAUGAUGAGACCCCCAGAGGGCGGGGACAAGGAAAGUGAUAUUGCAGGGAGACAAGAGCCUUUCCAGGUGCCUGGCUUUGAAGAGGCUUUUAAAGUAAUUAGUGGGUCCAGAAAGAAGCAACCUGUUCCUCUCUGGACAAACAAAGAAAACUCUCCAAAAGCAAAUGAAGUUGAAUAUAAGAGACAAGACGAAGAGCAAGAAAAAGGCAAUUUCUCUGACUCUGACUUUUCGGAUAGAAACACCACUUCUAAUGCAGAAAGCUGGAGAAGUACUUCUAGUUCAGAAGAAGAACCCAGUCCUGUUUUGAAAACUUUGGAAAAGAGUGCUUCUAGGAAAAUGCCUUCCAAAAGUCUAGAAGACAUUUCAUCAGAUUCAUCAAAACAAGCAAAAGUAGAUAUUCUGCCAGAAGAUUUAGUGCAUAGUGCUGAAGAUGUUUCCACAGUGCCUUCACAACCGGAUAAUCAGUUUUCCUAUCCUGACAAACUCAAAAGGAUGAGCAAGUCUGUUCCAGCAUUUCUUCAAGAUGAGAGUGAUGACAGAGAAACAGACACAGCAUCAGAAAGCAGUUACCAGCUCAGCAGACACAAGAAGAGCCCGGGCUCUUUAACCAAUCUUAGCAGUUCCUCUGGCAUGACGUCCUUGUCUUCUGUGAGUGGCAGUGUGAUGAGUAUUUAUAGUGGAGACUUUGGCAAUCUGGAAGUGAAAGGACAUGUCCAGUUUGCAGUGGACUAUGUGGAGUCACUGAAGGAGCUGCACGUGUUUGUGGCCCAGUGCAAAGACUUAGCAGCAGCAGAUGUGAAGAAACAGCGCUCAGACCCAUAUGUAAAGACCUACUUGUUACCAGACAAAGGCAAAAUGGGCAAGAGGAAAACACUUGUCAUGAAGAAAACCUUGAAUCCUGUGUAUAACGAGAUACUUCGGUAUAAAAUCGAAAAGCAAAUCUUAAAGACACAGAAGCUGAACCUGUCUGUUUGGCAUCGGGAUACGUUUAAACGCAAUAGUUUCCUGGGGGAGGUAGAACUUGAUUUGGAAGCCUGGGACUGGGACAACAAACAGAACACACAAUUGCGGUGGUACCCUCUGAAGCGGAAGACAGCGCCAGUUGCCCUUGAAGCAGAAAACAGAGGUGAAAUGAAGCUAGCUCUCCAGUAUGUUCCAGAGCCAACCCCUGGUAAAAAGCUUCAUAGCACUGGAGAAGUCCACAUCUGGGUAAAGGAGUGCCUUGAGCUGCCACUGCUAAGAGGAAGCCAUCUAAAUUCAUUUGUUAGAUGUACCAUCCUUCCUGAUACCAGUAGGAAAAGUCGCCAGAAGACAAGAGCUGUAGGGAAAACCACCAACCCUGUCUUCAACCAUACCAUGGUCUAUGAUGGGUUCAGGCCUGAAGAUUUGAAGGAAGCCUGUGUUGAACUCACUGUCUGGGACCAUUACAAAUUAACAAACCAGUUUUUGGGAGGUCUCCGGAUUGGCUUUGGAACAGGAAAAAGCUAUGGCACAGAAGUAGAUUGGAUGGAUUCUACUUCUGAGGAAGUUGCUCUCUGGGAGAAGAUGGUAAAUUCCCCCAACUCUUGGAUUGAAGCAACAUUGCCCCUCAGAAUGCUUUUAAUUGCCAAGAUUUCCAAAUAAGCCCAGAGCCCUCAAGCUGCUCCACUGAAAAGGACUACAUGGGUGGAAGCUGACCUUGGAUGUCUCUGACAGAUUCUUGCUUCCUAUCUGCUGCCACUAAGAAAUACUACACACUUCAGUAAAGUCAGUCUGCAUGUGUUUCUUUGACUACAAAAGCCCAAGGAACUUAAAUAAUGAAAAGACCUGUGACUUAUUUGUGAUUCAGGCAUUAAAAAGAUUUGACCAAGCUAGGAAUACUGAAUUAUUGUUGGUGCUUAAAGAAAAACCUAAUUAUUAAACCCAAAUUAUUAAAUUUGGAGAUGUUUUUAACCAGUAAAAUGUUCCAGUUUGCCAGCAUGUGCUUCACAUCACAAUCUUGAAUUACAGUGAAGGCCUCUGACUCAAUUAGAUUCUUGCAGAAUUUACCAAAUUAGUAGUUGUAGAAAAAAGCAACAGAAACACAGUCCUGGGUUAGUGGCAGAGAAGGAGAACUUCAGUGAUGUCAGCAAACCACACAAAUAACUGUUUACUCUGUAAUUACUAAUAAAUACUGAAGUCUAUGUUAGAACAAGACUGGACUGACUGCAGACUUCUGUCUUAAGAGAACUUGCACUUUUCCUCCAUCUCAAAUGUACUUUGGUGCCACCCACUGGCUAUAAAUGGAAUUCAAUUCUUGGCUUAUUUUGGUUUACUUCUCUUUUUAAAAAGUAAGUCUUCAGCCUGCAUUUUGCAAUAAAGUAUGUUAAAUACAAAAUGGAACUAUCUUACAUAUAUAUGAUUGCUUUUCUCAUAAGUUUAUUAUAUGAAGAAGCAUAAAAGUUGCCACAUCUAUACUUCACAAAGUUUUAAUUAAGAUAAAAACCAUUUAAUUUUACUGUACUUUCUGUG